AUGCCAAGAGAGGACUGCCCCAGAGCCACAGGAGGCCAGAGGAGGCCACAGGAGGCCACAGGAGGCCACAGGAUGCUACAGGAGGCCAGAGGACGCUACAGGAGGCCAGAGGACGCUACAGGAGGCCAGAGGACGCUACAGGAGGCCAGAGGACGCUACAGGAGGCCAGAGGACGCUACAGGAGGCCAGAGGACGCUACAGGAGGCCAGAGGACGCUACAGGAGGCCAGAGGACGCUACAGGAGGCCAGAGGACGCUACAGGAGGCCAGAGGACGCUACAGGAGGCCAGAGGACGCUACAGGAGGCCAGAGGACGCUACAGGAGGCCAGAGGACGCUACAGGAGGCCACAGGACGCUACAGGAGGCCAGAGGACGCUACAGGAGGCCAGAGGACGCUACAGGAGGCCAGAGGACGCUACAGGAGGCUACAGGACGCUACAGGAGGCCAGAGGACGCUACAGGAGGCCAGAGGACGCUACAGGAGGCCAGAGGACGCUACAGGAGGCCAGAGGACGCUACAGGAGGCUACAGGACGCUACAGGAGGCCAGAGGACGCUACAGGAGGCCAGAGGACGGACGCUACAGGAGGCCAGAGGACGCUACAGGAGGCCAGAGGACGCUACAGGAGGCCAGAGGACGCUACAGGACGCUACAGGAGGCCAGAGGACGCUACAGGAGGCCAGAGGACGCUACAGGAGGCCAGAGGACGCUACAGGAGGCCAGAGGACGCUACAGGAGGCCAGAGGACGCUACAGGAGGCCACAGGACGCUACAGGAGGCCAGAGGACGCUACAGGAGGCCAGAGGACGCUACAGGAGGCCAGAGGACGCUACAGGAGGCUACAGGACGCUACAGGAGGCCAGAGGACGCUACAGGAGGCCAGAGGACGCUACAGGAGGCCAGAGGACGCUACAGGAGGCCAGAGGACGCUACAGGAGGCUACAGGACGCUACAGGAGGCCAGAGGACGCUACAGGAGGCCAGAGGACGGACGCUACAGGAGGCCAGAGGACGCUACAGGAGGCCAGAGGACGCUACAGGAGGCCAGAGGACGCUACAGGACGCUACAGGAGGCCAGAGGACGCUACAGGAGGCCAGAGGACGCUACAGGAGGCCAGAGGACGCUACAGGAGGCCAGAGGACGCUACAGGAGGCCAGAGGACGCUACAGGAGGCCAGAGGACGCUACAGGAGGCCACAGGACGCUACAGGAGGCCAGAGGACGCUACAGGAGGCCAGAGGACGCUACAGGAGGCUACAGGACGCUACAGGAGGCUACAGGACGCUACAGGAGGCCAGAGGACGCUACAGGAGGCCAUAGGACGCUACAGGAGGCCAGAGGACGCUACAGGAGGCUACAGGACGCUACAGGAGGCCAGAGGACGCUACAGGAGGCCAGAGGACGCUACAGGAGGCCAGAGGACGCUACAGGAGGCCAGAGGACGCUACAGGAGGCUACAGGACGCUACAGGAGGCCAGAGGACGCUACAGGAGGCCAGAGGACGCUACAGGAGGCCAGAGGACGCUACAGGAGGCCACAGGACGCUACAGGAGGCCAGAGGACGCUACAGGAGGCUACAGGACGCUACAGGAGGCCAGAGGACGCUACAGGAGGCCAGAGGACGCUACAGGAGGCCAGAGGACGCUACAGGAGGCCAGAGGACGCUACAGGAGGCCAGAGGACGCUACAGGAGGCCAUAGGACGCUACAGGAGGCCAGAGGACGCUACAGGAGGCCAGAGGACGCUACAGGAGGCUAGAGGACGCUACAGGAGGCCAGAGGACGCUACAGGAGGCUACAGGACGCUACAGGAGGCCAGAGGACGCUACAGGAGGCCAGAGGACGCUACAGGAGGCCAGAGGACGCUACAGGAGGCUACAGGACGCUACAGGAGGCCAGAGGACGCUACAGGAGGCCAGAGGACGCUACAGGAGGCCAGAGGACGCUACAGGAGGCCAGAGGACGCUACAGGAGGCCAGAGGACGCUACAGGAGGCCAGAGGACGCUACAGGAGGCUACAGGACGCUACAGGAGGCCAGAGGACGCUACAGGAGGCCAGAGGACGCUACAGGAGGCUACAGGACGCUACAGGAGGCCAGAGGACGCUACAGGAGGCCAGAGGACGCUACAGGAGGCCAGAGGACGCUACAGGAGGCCAGAGGACGCUACAGGAGGCCAGAGGACGCUACAGGAGGCCAGAGGACGCUACAGGAGGCCAGAGGACGCUACAGGAGGCCAGAGGACGCUACAGGAGGCCAGAGGACGCUACAGGAGGCUAG